UCCGUGAAGUUCAAAGGUCCAGACGCCUGUAGGUGUUUAUAAACGUUCAACAGACAACAUCUGUGUUUAAUCCGGCAGAGAGAAGAGCCACUGAUUUAUACUCAUUUUUACCAUUUACAAGCACAAUGGCGCAAGGGGAAGUACACAAUGUAACUGUUUCUCAGGGAGUUCGUAUGCUGUUCAGUCUAAUGACUCCUAAUGAAUCAUCAUUCGCCACUGUACAAGAGGUGCCGACAUAUGUUAAUCAGGCCACACCGUAUUUCAUUGGUUUGAUAAUAUUGGAGAUUGUGUUGGGAUGGUUAAAGACAGAUGGCCCUCGCAUCAAGAUCAACGAUUUCAUCACAUCUUUGUCCGCAGGGAUGAUGUCUCGUCUGCCUCAGCUCAUGAUAAGAAGUUUGGAGGUGUCAGCUUAUAUUUAUGUCUGGAACAACUUCCGUUUAUUGGAGCUUCCCUGGGAUUCAGCUUGGACGUGGUGGCUUGCGUUUCUUGGUGUGGACAUGGGAUACUACUGGUUCCAUCGAUUCGUCCAUGAGUUAAACUUCCUGUGGGCUGCUCAUCAGGUUCACCACAGUUCUGAAUACUACAAUCUGUCGACAGCACUACGCCAAUCUGUCACUCAGCAGUUUUCCUCAUGGCUGUUUUACCUUCCGUUGGCGCUGAUGGUCCCUCCGUCGGUGUUUGCAGUGCACAUACAGUUUAACCUGCUGUAUCAGUUCUGGAUUCAUACUGAGCUGGUCAAAGAUCUUGGACCUCUGGAGUGGAUCCUAAAUACUCCCAGCCACCAUAGAGUUCAUCAUGGGCGAAAUCCGUAUUGCAUAGAUAAGAAUUAUGCAGGAAUUCUGAUCAUAUGGGACAGGAUGUUUGGUACUUUCACUCCUGAAAGUGAUAAAGUUGUCUAUGGUCUCACACACCCAAUCAACACAUUUGAAGUCUGGUCUGUCGAGUUCCUUUAUUACCCGUACCUGUGGCAGAGGUUCUGGGAGGCUGAAGGCAUUUCAAAUAAGCUGUCCGUCAUUUUUAAAGGGCCAGGCUGGACUCCUGGAAAGCCAAGACUGGGAGACAUUGCUGAUAUACCCCAGAUUACAGGAGAGGAAAAGCCUUACGAUCCAGCAUGGUCCUUUUCGAUGCAAGCCUAUGUGUUCAUACAGUUCAUACUUCUAUUGGAUGUAUAUAACAACUUGUUAAUGGAUCAAACGAUGCUUUCUGAGAUGACUGUACUUCUCAUGACUGCCUACGUAUUACUUUCUCUAACCUGUCUGGGAUUCUUGAUAGAUCAAAGGGCUAAUGCAGUUGAAUUGGAGAUGAUGAGAUGCGUUUUGAUAAUGGUUCUUCAUCGGUUUGGUUACAUUAAACCUCUGGUGCCUCUUUUGGCUUUUCCAACUGAGGCCUUUGUCUUAAUCUCUGCAGUCUACUGGAGUCUACAGUGUGUGAACCAGCUAACUAACAGGAUGAAGAAACAAAACUAGAUAAGACACCAACUGACAACAAAUAACCUCACAUUGACACAUUACACAGUUUUAUGAAUCCGUCUUCUUACAAACUUGAGACUGAUUUUGGUUUGGCAUUGAAAAGAUGCUAUUUUAAAAUGGUCUGAAUGAAGAUAUUAACACACUAAAGACAUGUAUUGUAAAGACAAUAUGGUUCUAACCAGCUUAAAAUGAACUUUUAACACGUAAGCACAUAUAAUGCUUGCAGUAAAUUAAACACAGAAGGUACCAACU